CGACGCCAGUUAUGAUCUGGACCAGCCUCGUAGGCGGAGGUGGCUUUGGAACGGUCACGUUGUCAAGUGGAUCACCGACACUCUGAAAAGAGGAGUCGAUACAAAGGUCGGACGGUCUGCUGCACGAUCAGGCGAUUUCCGCUCUCCCCUCUCUCCAUUGACCAUCCACUAUCCCUCUCUUCCAGCAUAUCCCCACCAACGGGCAUCCACCAUGUCAACAGGCACGCACGACGCCGUCAAAGGCGACCUUGAGAACAACGGCCACUACCCUCGAGAGAACGAGUACAGACAAGAAGACUACGCCUUCAAGACAAAUAGCAACGGAGGCAGCAAUGGCUACGGUCUGACCCAGGCGCCGACCAAUGUCACCAUCUCAAAUGAGCAAUUCGAGCGUCUAUACUUGUCUCCGCGUAACGCACGACAGGAGGGUCAUCUGCGCAACACUUUCGCCAACCCAACGCCGGUGGCAGUCAUGGGCUUCUCGGUGGCCCUCACACCAAUCGCAGCGGCACUGAUGGGAUGGAGAGGUUCCGGAGGUGCCGGCGCGGCCAAUGCCACCAACACAGCAUCCAUCUGGUUCGGAGGCAUGCUUCUCAUCAUCGCUGGCCUGUUGGAAUUCGUCCUGGGUAAUACCUUUCCCUUCGUGGUCUUCAUGGGCUACGGAUCUCACUUCCUGGUGUUUGCCACGUCGUUCAUCCCGUGGUAAAACUCCGUCUCGGCGUACACCACGGGCAACCCCUACGAGACUGGUUC